AUGCGCUCCAAGUCGUCCAGUAAACUCAUCUCAGAGAACGUGCACAACGCGACAGCCAACUUGCAGCUCACGUACAGUGUUGAACUGAGUCCCAUCUGCAAGGACGACUUAUUGGUGCUACCUAGGAAGUUGGCGCAGAGCUGCGGCAAUAUCUCGGACGUGACGCUGUGUGCACGCACCACCGCCAUGGUGCAUUUGCUGGAUCCAGUGUCUGGACAGAAGGCCGAGCUCCCGACCGACAGAUACUGGAAGUUGCCGUUCCUUCCUCUUGCAACCAGCUCCGAUAUGGUCGAGUUCGUCGUGCUGGAUGUGGAGCCUGUGGAUCCGCACGAGCUGCGCCACGUCCACGUCGGACCGGUUGCGACUUCUGGUAGAGGUUGCAAGUCUAAGUUCGUGGUGGCUGACGUGGAAGUGGCUCGAGAGAGCGACUUUGGCGUGAAUGACACGACGUUCCACGUGCGUACACAUCUUGGUGUUGUGUUGUCUGCCGGUGACACGGUCAAGGGCUACGAUCUGUCGACUGCCAUCUUUGGCUCGAGCCAGACGUACACUCUGAAGGAAGAGCUGCCUGACGUUGUGCUAGUACGGAAGGUCUACCCGCGUGAAAACAGACACCGCAAGGGAGACCGCAAACUGAAGACGCUAGGUGCCAGUCGCCGUGGGAAGGUCAGUAAAGCCGAGACAGCUCGGAUGGAGCACGAGAUGGAGGUGUUUACUGAAGAGUUCCUGGAGGAGAAGGACCAAGAAGAGCACGAAGGGCCAUACUUGGCAUACGUUUCCCUUUUCGUUUUCAAUGAGGCUCCACGCUUCUCCAGCAGUUCAAAGUCACGCACCUUUGCGUCGAAAGCAAGUUGGUUCAGCUGGUGCCUCUGUCUCUGGAGACGGCUGGGUUUGCUGGACGACACGGUAGUGCCAGCUUGCGAGUUCCAGAAGCUGGCGUUCACCUUGAUCUCCUGGUCACUGGAUCCCUUGACUCCGCGGUCUCCUGUACGCGGAUCAACUGGCGGCUGCCAGGCAUGA